CUCCAUUGCAUUUGGCCAGUAGCUAAAACACAGAAGAGAUAAUCCAUAACAGUGUAAAUGAGUCAGAAUGGAUCAAGAAGGUGGGGGUGAAUUCCAGAAAACCCCUAAUUUUCAGUGGAGAAACUACAAGCUCAUUGUUGACCCGGUGCUGAAGCGGGCCGCCCACAAGAUCUAUCGCUACGAUGGGGUGCAUUUCAGCCAUAAUGAUUCGGGCUAUGCCCCUGUGGGAGAACUGCGGGAUCCCAGGCACCGGAUAUGGUCCAAAAACAGAGACCUUUCCCUCCCUGUCCCAAAGUUUAAGCUGGAUGAGUUCUACGUGGGCCAGAUCCCUCUGAAGGAGGUGACCUUCGCCCGGCUGAAUGACAACAUCAAAGAGCCUUUCCUGGCCGAGAUGUGCAAAAAAUACGGCGACAUUGAGGAGAUCGAGAUCCUUUACAAUCCCAAGAACCGCAAGCACCUGGGCCUGGCCAAAGUGCUCUUCACCAGCACUCGGGGGGCGAAGGAGACAGUCAAGAACCUGCACAACACUUCGGUCAUGGGCAACAUCAUCCAUGCCCAGCUAGACAUCAAAGGCCAGCAGCGAAUGAAGUACUAUGAGCUGAUUGUGAAUGGCUCCUAUACGCCUCAGACAGUCCCCACUGGGGGCAAAAUGCUGAACGAGAAGUUCCCAGCGGACUCGUCGGAGUCUCAAAGGCGCCACUCAACUGACUCCUACCUUGGGAACGCAAUGCCUUCGACGCCUGGCAAUGGCACGCCCUGCUCUCAGGACACCCCCUAUUCCAGCGGACGGCAAGACACACCUUCUUCCUUUGGCCAGUACACGCCGCAGUCAUCCCAGGGAACUCCGUACACCCCUCGGGGAGGGACACCUUAUUCCCAGGAUUCUGCCUACUCCAGCAGGCAAGGGACACCCGGCUACUCUACUUACCAGACAGAAUCGACAUCGUACAAAUCCCGCCGGCACGAGAACAGUUUUUCCGACUCCUACAGCCGGCGGCAUUAUUCCUCUUCGUCGUCUUCAUCCUCUUCGUCGUCCUCCUCCUCUUCUCACUACCGCAGCAACGACCAUCACUACCCGCCCUUUAGUCAACAGUUUGACGGCGGCAGUGCUGCCGCAGUGGGCAGCAACCGGUACCAGCGCCAUUCAACCACCUCAGAAGGGCGCUCUUCUUCCUCUUCCUCUCACCGCUCCCACCAAAGAGAGGACUCUGGCUUCCAUUCCCGGCAGAGGGAGCGCUCCCAACGGGAUGAUCCUACCCCUUCCUCCACCACCGUUGUUACCACCGCGGCUGCCUCCACCACCACCACCACCACCACUCCCCCCUCUUCCUCCUCCUCCUCCUCCUCCUCCUCCUCUUCCUCUUCUUCAUCGGCGGCAGCAGCAUCAGACAGCGCUCCGUUUCAGAACAGUCAUGCUUUCACUCAGCAGAGUGCUGAGCUCUUCCCAGCACCCAGCGUGCUCUACCCAACUUAUACAGCCACUCCGGAGCCCUUCUCCUUACCUUCCGAAUCCCACCCGGUGGACCAGGAUUACCGGCUGCUCCCCACGGCCGAGACUUUUGCUGCCAACUCCCUGCCUCCCACGGAAUUUCUUGCUCAGGAAUCUAAGGAGAACAUCAGCCCUGCUGUGACGGCAGCUCUAGGAGUUGAUGACCAGUCACAUUCUCCCACCACGCAGACCUCGCCGGCUCGGUCAGGCUCUCCGGCCCCCGAGACCACCAACGAGAGUGUCCCUUUUGCUCAGCACAGCAGCCUGGACUCCCGUAUUGAGAUGCUGCUGAAGGAGCAGAGGUCCAAGUUCUCUUUCCUAAAUUCGGACACGGAAGAGGAAGAGGAGGAGAAGGGAGGGGCCCCCAAGGGAGGGGAGCCGCAUGGACCCUGCACCCCACCACCACCCCUCCCGGUCAGUUUUGAAGAUGUGGUACCUGUGUUGGACAUGGGCUCCGGAGCAGAAUCCCCCAAAGCAAACGGGCAAGACAGGGCAUCUCAGCAAUCGUCAGGCGAAGACAUGGAAAUAUCAGAUGAUGAAGCAGAGGUGGAGCCCCCAACCCCUGUGGCAGGAGUAUCUGAGCCCCAUUUUUCUGUGAUGUCCUCAGCCCUGGGCCACUUACCACUGGGUGUGUCCUCUUUCCCUUCCCACCACCGGCCGGAGCCGCCGCUGCUACCCCCCGCCUACCCUCUACAGCCCCUCAUGUCCGUCACCCUUCCCCAUCUGGCGGCCAAAACCCACUCGCUGUCGACCUACGGCCAGGUCGGGCCACGACACGCACACCGCCUGUCAGACUUCAGGGGGCGGGCGGGUGUGGUCUCUGGGGGCCGAGGUGCCCCCCACAUCUAUGACUUUGUGAACUCUAUGGAACUGAUGAACCGACUGGGCAACCAGUGGGGUGGGAUGCCCAUGUCCUUCCAGAUGCAGACGCAGAUGCUGAGCCGCUUGCAGCAGCUCCGCCAGGGCAAAGGCCAGUUUGAGGACCCUUUCUCCUACCACCGGGAGGCGGCGGCUUCGUUCUGUGGCCGGCCUCUCUACGGGCACGGGUACCUGAUGGACCAGGGGGGUCGCCACUUCCAGCGAGACCAGCUGUUCAUGCCGCAGCCAUCUGCCGUGGGCGCUUCGGAGCAGCAGCAUUCCGCAGAGCAGCCCCCUCUGCCGCCCCCACAGCACAUCCUUGAUUUCCGGGCGGGCCAGUGGGGGUACCAGGAGGAAGCGGUGCCGCCCCCGCCUCUCCCCAAGGACCCCCACGCCUCCGUGGUGGACAGUGUCCUCUCCACGCUCAUGCAGGAGAUGAAGAGCACCAUGCAGCGCGACCUCAACCGCAAGAUGGUGGAGAACGUGGCUUUCAGCACUUUUGACAAGUGGUGGGAGCGCAAGGAGGAGAAAGCCAAGCCUUUCCAGAGCACUGUUAAGCAGCCAGCCAAGGAGGAGGAGAAGGAUAAGACCAAACUGAAAGACCCUGCCCUGCUGUCCCUGGUUGACUGGGCCAAGAGUGGCGGUACCGGCGGUAGCCUGGAGGGGUUUGGCUUUGGGACUGGCUUUCGGGGAGUUCUCAGGCUCCCGUCCUUCAAGGUGAAAAGGAAAGAGCCGUCUGAAAUCUCAGAGGACAGCGAGGUGAAGGAGCCCCGCCCAUCUACUCCUGCUGAAGAGGAUGAAGAGGGUAAGCCGUCCUCCCAGAUACCCAAGGUGUCCAAGAGGGAUGAUGAACGAAUCAAGGGCCCGGGAAAACGGCGGAAGCUCUUCUGCCUGGACAGCGAAGGAGAGGAGGCAUCCGAUGACUCGUCUUCUGAAAAGGAGGAAGAAGAACGGCGAAGGGAAGAGGAGGAGGAAGGUGCCAGAGAACGUAGCAGGAAGGGCAAGGAAUUGGAAGGGGACAGUGAUGCUUCCUCCAAGUAUUCUCUUUACGAAGAGUCUGACGAGGACAGCGACAGCACUUCUGACUCUGAGAGCAGCUCUUCCUCCUCGUCUUCCUCAUCCUCGUCGUCGUCCUCCUCGUCGGAUGAGGAGGCUGAGAGCAUGGAGGAACUGGACGAAUCGGCCAUGGACAGCUGUCCGGCCCAGCCAUUGCUGGGCCCAGAAGAGCGAGUGCAGCAAGCAACCGAUGCUGAGCUGGUCAAGAAGAAACCAGAUGCGGGGGGCAUCCAAGGCCAUGCGGUGGAGGAGAAACCUGCUCCUCCGGAGGAGAGCCGACCAGUCCCACCACCAGAGGAGAAGGGUGCUGGAGCGGUGUCCAGGGCAGAAGAGCGACCUUCCUCACCUAUCCCACUCCUGCCUCCGCCCAAGAAACGCCGGAAAACGGUCUCCUUCUCUACUGCCAGUGAGGAUGACUCCGUGAAAGGGGCCUUGGAGAAGCUGCCUGACCUGGCUCCCCCGGCUCUUCUGCCCCCUCCUCCUCCUCCUCCUCCUGCCCCCACAGAGGAAGCACAACUCCCAUUAGUGCCUGUGGAACCCACGCUGCCACCCCAAGUGCCCUUAACCUCAGACACCCCGCCUCCAGUUGCCUCCUCCCUGCCUCCGACGACAUUCCCCUCCAGGCCGACGGUCGCCACCGGCCGGAAGCGGGAGCCCCCGAAAGCCAGCCAAAGGACAAUCAGCAACCUGCCUGCUGACCACGCCUCCAUGGUGAAAUGUUGGUCGGACGAGCUGCAUCUGACCAGCCGGUCCCGGAACCGCUGUCGUUCUCGGAGCUUGUUCUCUGAGCCCCCGCGGGCACCGCCGCCGCCCCCCCCAGAAGAAGACAAGCUGCACAUGCGUGAACGGAUGGGGGCUUCCUCGCUGCUGGAGCUGGCGAAUCAACCCAACCUGUCCGUGCUGGCAGACGUGGCUCUCAAGAUGCCCGUCGGGGCGGGCAGCGAGGACUCCGAGGCGACGGAAACCUCCGACGAGGCCGAGGAGCCCAAGGCCCCACUGCCUCCUGCGCCGUCCAUCGAAGUCAGCAGCAUUCUCCUGGAGCAUAACUAUGCCAUGGCCGUCCGUGUGGCACCGGUGACUGUUCCCCGCAAACCGGAUGAGGGGCCCUCAGUGGGCUCCGCUGACCUGCUGCGGGUGGAUUUGUACAGCGAGCCCAUGGGGGAGGUCUUGGAGGCUCCAGAGGUGGUGGUGGCGGAUGCCAGCGAGUCCAAAGCUGAACCGGAGGUUGGCGACCUGGUUGCGCUGCCCCUGCCGCCUUCCCUGCCAGCUGAGAAGCCAAAGGCGGCCAUCCCGGAGCAGCAGCAGGCCAAAAAGCCGCAUCCUCCGUGGAUCAAGGAGGAGGCCAUGAAAGACUUGGGGCUGUUACCGUUCGGGCCCGAGGAUCUGUUCCCUUCGGAGAGCGAGGAGGACGAGGAAGAGGAGGAGGAGAGUGCCGACAGUAGCGACGAAGGGGAGAUCCGCAGGAGAUCCCUCCGCUCCCACUCGCACAAGCGCUCCCCGGCUCUGCCCCCUCCGCCGCCUCCCGUCUUCGAGACACGAAGCGAGUUUGAGCAAAUGACCAUCUUGUACGACAUCUGGAACUCGGGGCUGGACUUGGAGGACAUGAAGUACCUGCGGCUGACCUACGAGCGACUGCUGCACGAGGACAACAGCACGGACUGGCUGAACGACACCCACUGGGUCCACCACACCAUCACAAACAUUGCAAACCCCAAGCGGAAGCGGAAGUCAUCGGACCUGCGGGAGCACCAAACUGGCUGUGCCCGCAGCGAGGGAUAUUACCACAUCAGCAAGAAGGAGAAGGACAAAUACCUGGACGUCUGCCCGGCUAUUGUGCAGCAGCUGGAGCCAUCUGAUACACAGGGUACCAACCGCAUCCUGUCGGAGCGGCGAUCCGAGCAACGGCGUCUGCUGAGUGCCAUCGGCUCUUCUGCCAUCCUUGAUAGUGAUCUUCUGAAGCUGAACCAACUGAAGUUCCGCAAGAAAAAGCUACGAUUUGGCCGGAGUCGAAUCCACGAGUGGGGCCUCUUUGCCAUGGAGCCAAUAGCUGCCGAUGAGAUGGUCAUUGAGUACGUGGGCCAGAAUAUCCGGCAGAUGGUGGCCGACAUGCGUGAGAAGCGGUAUGCCCAGGAGGGCAUUGGGAGCAGCUACCUCUUCCGCGUGGACCACGACACGAUCAUUGACGCCACCAAGUGCGGCAACCUGGCCCGCUUCAUCAAUCACUGCUGCACGCCCAAUUGCUACGCCAAAGUCAUCACCAUCGAGUCCCAGAAGAAGAUCGUCAUUUACUCCAAACAGGCCAUCAGUGUCAACGAGGAGAUCACGUAUGACUACAAGUUCCCGAUCGAGGAGAACAAGAUUCCCUGCCUUUGCGGCACGGAGAAUUGCCGGGGCACCCUGAACUGA